AAAAAAACUGUGAAAAGCAAUAUGUCAAUAAGGAGAAUUUUCGUAAACAAUCGAACUAAAAUCGAAUGAAAUUCUGAAUUUCAAAGUGCUUUCCGGCCUAGAUGGAGGUGAAAAUGCAGUACAACUCCCAGGUGCACUUGUUCCAAAUACAGGUCAAAACCCUGAUCAAAACGUUAAAAUGUCUGCACUCGGACGAUAAAUACCAAGCGCUACUGUUUCUCAUUUCGGCCAUUAAGUUGUACGUCAAGCUCUUGUACAACGAUAGCCAAGAAAGAAUUUAUAAGCCAUCAAUACUCAAAGAGUUGAACAAUAUCCAAAAUGUGAUUAUCGCACACCUACUAAAAUCCCGAAAUGCGAUUACCAGUUAUUCGUCCCGAUCUGGAACCUACGAAUUGAGAACUAGCAUCAGAAACAAUGCCCCAGACAGAACCAGCAGUGAUGGAAUGUCGCUACUAAACCAUCCAUCAAGAUCUUCGUCCAUCCGAACGUUGGUUCCUCUAGCGCCUUUUGAUAUCAAAGGAAAACUAUCACGCGGAGGUCUUUUCGACGGUCUUCCACCGACCGGAGGGUUCCGCUUCCGGAUUCGUAGCCAUAUUGGUACCAUCAGUGACUUUGGCAGCAUACGAUUGAAUCGUGACCUCGUUCGGUUGAUAGCGUCCCGCAACUUCAAGCUCUUUUUCAACAUGUUUGAGCAAAGCAUUUUCCCGACGUGGCGUAUUCUCAAACAGGAGCGAUCAUCCGUUGGCAGAUCACGGGUAAGGCCUUCGAUGCCGGCUAUCUGCUACAGCGGGGGGUCCUCUCAUUCUCCACCUGCCGCCUACAUCAAGAAGGAAGACUUCGACUUUGAUCCGCCUUACUCGCUCGGGGACGACCAUCCAUGCUUCGAGGAGCUCAAAGACGAAGAUGAUGAUCAUCACCUAAUGAUGCUCAAAGACGAAGAGGAUGACGAUGACGACUCCAUCUCGAACGAGUUGUAUUCGGAGGAAUCAUCAACCAACAACACCUCGCUGAUGCUGUCCUCCGAUACCAACACGCUGGACACUAAUGAUUCAAAUAUGCUGUCCGGAGAGCUUGGGAAAGAACAGAUUUACCAGUGUUUGCUGUGUGAUAAAAGCUAUCGAAAAAGGAAAUCGCUGGUCAUUCACUUUAGUCACCACCCCGGGUUUUGUCCAGAUUGCGGAAAACAACGAGGCGUCACGUCUGAUGAAAUCAUUGAACAUAAUCGAGUGUUCCACAAGAACCGGCCGCAUAUAUGCGAACACUGCGGUGAAACAUUUACCCGAAACCAGCAGUAUCAAGUCCACAUGCAGGGUCACUUCAUCAGCAAGGCACGCAUGCAGGAGCAAAACUGUAAAAAAACAUACAAAUAUAGUUGCAACUCUUGUGGUAUCGUGUUCAACAACCAUAAGUAUUUGGAAAAACAUGUAGAAAAAACGGGUCACCAAGCAGAGAGUGUGGCCUGCGAAACCUGCGGUGCAAUAUUUUCGUCAAACAUUCGACUGCAGCAACACAUCGCCAGAACUCACAAAAACGAUAAACGCUUUACUUGUGAGAUAUGCGCAAAAGUAUUUAACCAAAAAGCGAAUUUAGAUCGUCACAUGCUUCUGCAUACGAAUAUCGUGGAGAAGCAUUAUCCAUGCGAGCAGUGUAACGCAUCCUUCCUUUCUAUGACAACACUAAGAGAGCAUAUUAAAAUUGCUCACACAGGAGAUGAUAAAUUUGAAUGCAACAUCUGCAACAAGUUGUUUGCUGCUAAAAGGUCACUCAAACGCCAUAAGCUUUGCCACUCGGAAGAACGACCAUUCCCAUGCACGUUGGAGAACUGUAAAGAGGCUUAUAAAAACCAAUCUCACCUAGCACGCCACAUGAAAACUGCCCAUCAGAUCGAUCCACCCUCGAAGCGAGCUCCAAAAGUUCCAAAAACAGCAGAACCAGAAUUUAUACCGCUUGAUCCCAUUGGUACUGGUGAUUCCACAACAAGUAAAAACAUUUCAUUGAAAAAGCCUACGAUUGGUGGUAGUGAUAAAUCCAUUGGCGAUAGCAGCACAAAUUUCAGUGAUAAUUUGUCUACUUUCAACUAUGAAUACGUCGAGGCAGUUCCCCCGGGAGCCGUAUCCAUUGAUCCCAAUCAUCAGCGAUUACAAAUGAUUGGCCCUGGUGGAGGACCCAGAAUGGGAGUUCCUCCAGCAGUCAAUUUCAAUGAUCCCAACAACAUCGGAUACGGGACUAUCAAUACAGGUAACGAACAGUUUGAAUGGCAGAAUCUCGAGUUUGGUAACGCUGUAGGAGGCAACGGACCCGGUCCAUCUCAACAAACAAUGGUCAUCAAUCAGCUCAACCAAGGUUACAUGGAGAAUCCCCAUGCCGGCGGAAAUUUUAUGCCUGGACAGCUCCCAGCUAUGCGCAGCUACCAGCACGAAGAUCCGAAUCUCAUCUGCGAGCAUUGUGACGAAAAUAAUUUCAUGAACGCCCAGCAGCUACAAGCUCACAUACAAGACCACUUUUCAACAAAAGAAGCAAAGGAUCCUCCAGGAAAAAAAAUGACCCGAUUAUAUUGUAAAACAUGUAAUCUGGUGUUUUCUACUGGAGUUCAACUGGAUCGACACAUCCAGAAAACGAACCACCACACCGAUAGUAUCGCGUGUGAUAUCUGUAGUGCAAUAUUCAACUCUAAUCUCAAAGUUUAUCAACACAUGCUGAAAUGUCACAAGAAUGAAACGUGGUUUGCAUGUGAGCAGUGCUCGAAAGUUUUCAUAUUGAAACAAGACUACGACAAGCAUCAACUGGUACACCAAACUGUUACGGAUAAAUCGGUGAUUUGUGAGCACUGUGCGUCGUCCUUCUUUUCGCAAGAAGCCCUCAAGGAACAUAUCAAAAUUUCUCACACAGUGGAAAAGAAAUAUGAGUGUAACAUUUGCAACAAGCUCUUUGCUGCUAAGCGCUCUUUAAAACGCCAUAAACUAUGCCAUGACGAGGAAGGUGCAUUCCCGUGCCCAGUCGAGGAUUGUAAGGAAUCGUUCAAAACUCCCGCCAGCUUGACCAAACAUAAAAAGAAUGUUCACAGCAUUGGUCCCGAUCCAAGUGAAAAAGGCGCAAAGGGAAAGGCUGCUGCAGCGGCCAAAGCAGCCAGUGAAAAAUUACUAGCGGAACAAUCCACAGUGGUGCCGGUGCCUUCAGCCUCUACUCCUGGUCUUGGUAUUCCUGGACCAUCGGUUGGCGUCAUUAAGCAUGAACCGCGAACGCCUACUGGAAUGCUAGUUCCACCUUCUAGAACUAGUAGUACUAGUAGUGCAGGUGCUGCAAGCACUCCAACUGCUGUUUCAUAUGAUCCGUACGGAUCUGGGAUGCAUUACAACAACGUAAUCGGUCAAAAUCAACAACAAUUUACAGUUCAAUCUCCAGGCGGAGUAAUGCAUUAUGCAACGGGACCUAAUAGAGAUCCCACAAUGGCAUAUCGGAUGGAUCCAUCGACAGGAAACACUGCUAGUGCCGCUCAAUAUGGGCAUACUGCCGGGGGCUAUGGUCAGAUGAACAGUGCGUUUGAAUGGCGAAGUAUGGAAAUCCAAAACAGUAUUGAUCCUAACCUAGGGUCAACUGCUGCUGCAGGUCAAACCGUUCAAUCCGUAGCUGCAACGAUGAAAGCGAACAAAUACUAUCCAGUGAUGGAUCCCAGUGGCACUGCAGGCGGUGGCUUCAUUCAAAAUCAAGCAACACAACAACAUCCAUCACCCCAUCAUUCGCAUCAACAUCAGCGUCAUCAGCAGCCUGGACAGCAGCAUGACUCUCAACAGCAACAGCAGCAGCAACAACAACAACAACAACAGCCGCAUCAACAUCACCAACAACAAAUGGUGAACAUCAAUAACCACGAGUUCAUGGGCUAUCAGGAAAUCUGGAAUAACAGUAAUACUUCUAAUGUAGCUGGAAGCUCUUACAAUAAUAUUGGAAACAUACUCUCCAACUUGGAACUAAUUGGCAACAACAGUAACUAUGAGCAAACGUAUGAAGCUGUACCGCCUAGUUCUAACGUGGAUCAACAGCAGCAGCAGCAGCAACAACAACAACAGCAACAAUCUCAGCCAUCUGUACAAAUUCAACAAGGUCAGAGUAAACCCAAUUACCACAAACAUCAACAACAGCAGCAACAAGUUGGAAUGAUGAGUGUUGAUGGCUCUAUUGUUGCUCCACAUCACCAACAACAACAGCAGCAGCAACAACAACAGCAAUAUUUCCCAGAGCAGCAUCCACAUGCUGCAGUACACCAUCCACAUCCACAGCACCACGGUUUACAUCAUCAACACCCAGUUCAUCCAAGUCAUCACCCUCAGCUACAUGGACAUCAUGGACAACAACAGCAAACACCCAGUCCGCAUCACCACCCACCCCAUUUGCAACAGCAAAUACAGGGCACCGCACAACAACAACAGCAGCAGCAGCAACAACAACAACAACAGCAGCAGUUGCAACACCAGUACAAUGCUCAUAUUCCGCACCAUCAACUACAUCAUGGGCACAAUCCAAAUGCUGGUCCUCCGGGAGCUCAUCAUGGAGGACCUUCACAUCAGCAGCUUCCUCAUUCGCAGCAACAGCAACCAGGUAUGAGUUACUCCAAUCAAUCACAGCAUCCACAACAACAAGAUCAUACUAUUACAGACAUAUCGAAAACAAACAACUUGCAAUUCGUUGACAGCUUCACAGAAUCAAUUGACUACCUGCAGCAAUCGUUUCAGUACGUGUAAUAGUAAGUGGUAAUAUCUGUACAGUUUCGUACUCACGAUUUUCCAUAUAGAUGGGCCCGACCGGUGGCUCCUCCUCUAUUAUUUGUAGAAAUGCAGUCCGGUUUGCGCGGUGAUGUGCCUCUGUUUGUCACAGCUUUAUGUUUUAUUUGGUUCCGAUUGGAAUCUCUUGUUUCAUAUCAAUCUCCGUUGGGAUCUAACCGAUACUAUGAUAUACUUAUUUUACGGGUUUCAACCUAUCAUGACACAGUAGAGGGUGAUGCUGAAAAGGGGUUAAAUAAAAAAAACAUGUUCAGUUUUAAUUUCCAACCAACUGAAAAAAUGAUCACUGAACUAUUGAGUUCUUCAUAAAAUUUUUGCUAAAUCAGGUAUUAUGAAUGGAAGGUAAUCUACAACCAGGCAUUAAACAAUUCAAGUUUAGUUCUACUUGCGCUUGCAUUGAGUUUUUUUUUUU